CUCCAUCACCAGAAGCAGCCUUAAAGCUUCUUCCGCCCCUGUUGGGCUAGUCUCCGCAAAAAUGGCCGCGAUCGGACGUGCAUCCCAGAAUCUCCUGAAGUCCGCUGCACUGACCCAAAGCCGUCAGCUUUCGGCUGCAGCGGCCCACGGCGAACAAGCAGCCAAGACCUGGAAGAUCCUGUCAUUCGUGGUGGCGCUGCCUGGAGUCGCGGUGUGCAUGUUGAACACGUACCUCAGGGUUCAACAACACAGCGAUGAGCAGCCGGAGUUUGUUCCCUACACCCAUCUGCGCAUCCGCAGCAAGCGUUUCCCAUGGGGUGAUGGCAACAAGUCUCUCUUCCACAACUCCCAUGUGAACCCCCUCCCUGACGGCUAUGAACAUCAUGACCAUUGAAAGCUGUCAGGAGCUAUACCAGAACUCCCCUACAGGGACCAAAGGGCCCUCUGACUCCCCCUCUCAUUUUCCUGGACUUCUGUCUGGGCCUGGACCACUCCUCAGUUUCUUUCAGUUUACAUGACAUCUGUCCAGUAUGUUGAUCUUACCUCUGUGCUUUCCACACCUAAUGGAAGCACCUUAUGGAAACAGUUACAUUUACUUAAGGACCAUUGUAUCACAUUGUCUGCUUAAACUGAAAUUAAAAUCUAUACAUUAAAUUAUAAA